GGGAGCCAGAGACCCCCGAGACCCGAGCCGCCCGGCGCCGCGGGCCGGGGCCCUGAGGAGGCCCCAGGAGAGGCAUCUUCCCGGCGGGAGUCGCCGGCGCGGAGGUGGCCGCGGCCGCACCGUUCGGAAAGGAGGACGAAGAGGAAGCUGCGCUGCUUGCCGGCGGAGAGGAAGCGCUCCACCCGGGCCCCCGACGGCGCUCGUUUAACCACAUCCGUGCCUCCGCUGGAAACGCUUACAGGCGCCUGUCACCCGUUCCCUCCAUUUUGAAAGGGAAAAAAGGCUCUCCCCCUUCCCCUACUCUUAGGACCUGGAGCCGGAGGAGCCGCGCUCAUGGCGUUCAGCCCUUGGCAGAUCCUGUCCCCAGUGCAGUGGGCGAAAUGGACCUGGUCCGCGGUGCGCGGCGGGGGCGCCGGAGAGGACGAGGCCGGAGGGCCAGAGGGCGACCCCGAGGAGGAGGACUCGCAAGCCGAGACCAAAUCCUUGAGUUUCAGCUCGGAUUCUGAAGGUAAUUUUGAGACCCCUGAAGCUGAAACACCAAUCAGAUCGCCUCUCAAGGAAUCCUGUGAUUCAUCCCUAGGAUUGGCAGGACGGGGGGCCAAAACCCAAG